UCCCUGCGGGUGGUAGGUGCCGGAAGUGCCGCCAUUUUGGGGUGUUCUGCUCUGGCGGCGGCGGCGGCGGGACGCGGAGGCUCCCUUGGGACUCGGCCUUAGCAGCGAGGCGGCGGCGGCUGCGGAGGCGCACGCAGCAGCUGAAGUAGCGGCGGGCUCAGGGUCGGCCGCUGAGUGAAGACAUAGUCCAGAGAGGGAGGUGUAAAGCUACAGGCUGAACGUAACUUCUUUUUUUCAAAGUUCCCUGUGUUGUGAACUGAGCUUGAGUGAAGUGAAAUCUCUUGAGGAAGCUAAAGCUGUGUGUAUUUGUGGAUCAGACAAGUGCAGCAAGUUAAUGUCACUGGCUUCUGAAGGGGAGAGUGAGGUGAUGGCUGCGUUUAAGUUGGAUUUCCUUCCAGAAAUGAUGGUGGAUCAUUGCUCUUUGAAUUCCAGUCCUGUCUCAAAGAAAAUGAAUGGCACCCUGGACCACCCAGACCAACCAGAUCUUGAUGCCAUCAAGAUGUUUGUGGGCCAGGUUCCGAGGACCUGGUCUGAGAAGGACUUGAGGGAACUCUUUGAACAGUAUGGUGCUGUCUAUGAAAUCAAUGUCCUAAGGGAUAGGAGCCAAAACCCUCCUCAGAGCAAAGGGUGCUGUUUUGUUACAUUUUACACCCGCAAAGCUGCAUUAGAAGCGCAGAAUGCUCUUCACAACAUGAAGGUCCUCCCAGGGAUGCAUCAUCCUAUACAGAUGAAACCUGCCGACAGUGAGAAGAGCAAUGCAGUGGAAGACAGGAAGCUGUUUAUUGGUAUGAUUUCCAAGAAGUGCAGUGAAAAUGACAUCCGAGUCAUGUUCUCUUCAUUUGGACAGAUUGAAGAAUGCCGGAUAUUGCGGGGACCUGAUGGCCUGAGCAGAGGCUGUGCGUUCGUGACUUUUACAACAAGAGCCAUGGCACAGACGGCUAUCAAGGCAAUGCACCAAGCACAGACCAUGGAGGGUUGCUCAUCCCCCAUGGUGGUAAAAUUUGCUGAUACACAGAAAGACAAAGAACAGAAGAGAAUGGCCCAGCAGCUCCAGCAGCAGAUGCAGCAGAUCAGUGCAGCAUCCGUGUGGGGAAACCUUGCUGGUCUAAAUACUCUUGGACCCCAGUAUUUAGCACUUUAUUUGCAGCUCCUUCAGCAGACUGCCUCCUCUGGGAACCUCAACACCCUGAGCAGCCUCCACCCAAUGGGAGGGUUAAAUGCAAUGCAGUUACAGAAUUUGGCUGCACUAGCUGCUGCAGCUAGUGCAGCUCAGAACACACCGAGUGGCACUAAUGCUCUCACUACAUCCAGUAGUCCCCUCAGCGUACUCACCAGUUCAGCAGGGUCUUCACCGAGCUCCAGCAGUAGCACCUCUGUCAACCCCAUUGCCUCCUUGGGAGCCCUGCAGACAUUAGCUGGAGCAACGGCAGGCCUCAACGUUAGCUCUUUGGCAGGGAUGGCUGCUUUAAAUGGUGGCCUGGGCAGCAGUGGCCUUUCCAAUGGCACUGGGAGCACCAUGGAGGCCCUCACACAGGCCUACUCGGGGAUCCAGCAAUAUGCUGCUGCGGCACUCCCUACCCUGUACAACCAGAAUCUGUUGACACAGCAGAGUAUUGGUGCUGCUGGGAGCCAGAAGGAAGGUCCAGAGGGAGCCAAUCUGUUCAUCUACCACCUGCCCCAGGAGUUUGGAGAUCAGGACCUGCUACAGAUGUUUAUGCCCUUUGGGAAUGUCGUGUCUGCCAAGGUUUUUAUAGAUAAGCAGACAAACCUGAGCAAGUGUUUUGGUUUUGUAAGUUACGACAAUCCUGUUUCGGCUCAAGCUGCCAUCCAGUCCAUGAAUGGCUUUCAGAUUGGCAUGAAGCGGCUUAAAGUGCAGCUCAAACGUUCGAAGAAUGACAGCAAGCCCUACCUUUAUUUGCAGCUCCUUCAGCAGACUGCCUCCUCUGGGAACCUCAACACCCUGAGCAGCCUCCACCCAAUGGGAGGGUUAAAUGCAAUGCAGUUACAGAAUUUGGCUGCACUAGCUGCUGCAGCUAGUGCAGCUCAGAACACACCGAGUGGCACUAAUGCUCUCACUACAUCCAGUAGUCCCCUCAGCGUACUCACCAGUUCAGCAGGGUCUUCACCGAGCUCCAGCAGUAGCACCUCUGUCAACCCCAUUGCCUCCUUGGGAGCCCUGCAGACAUUAGCUGGAGCAACGGCAGGCCUCAACGUUAGCUCUUUGGCAGGGAUGGCUGCUUUAAAUGGUGGCCUGGGCAGCAGUGGCCUUUCCAAUGGCACUGGGAGCACCAUGGAGGCCCUCACACAGGCCUACUCGGGGAUCCAGCAAUAUGCUGCUGCGGCACUCCCUACCCUGUACAACCAGAAUCUGUUGACACAGCAGAGUAUUGGUGCUGCUGGGAGCCAGAAGGAAGGUCCAGAGGGAGCCAAUCUGUUCAUCUACCACCUGCCCCAGGAGUUUGGAGAUCAGGACCUGCUACAGAUGUUUAUGCCCUUUGGGAAUGUCGUGUCUGCCAAGGUUUUUAUAGAUAAGCAGACAAACCUGAGCAAGUGUUUUGGUUUUGUAAGUUACGACAAUCCUGUUUCGGCUCAAGCUGCCAUCCAGUCCAUGAAUGGCUUUCAGAUUGGCAUGAAGCGGCUUAAAGUGCAGCUCAAACGUUCGAAGAAUGACAGCAAGCCCUACUGAGCGUGCUCCCCUCUGAGACUGGAGUGAGAGGGUCUUCUGAUUCCUGCCGUUUGUUCAUCGUUGUGCCUAAAGCAUGUCGAUGUGGCGUCAAGUACAUCGUCCAAAUCCCUGUCUCUUCAGCUUCUCUGACGCUUGAACUCUCACCUUUGACCUUGUGUUGACCUUUGAUGCUGACAUGAUUUUUAUUAUGUUUGUUGUUUGUUUUUUCUUUUUCUUUCCUUUUUUUUUCUUUCGUGCUGCCAAAUUGGUUUUGCUAGAACGACUGCUGAAGGGGAAAUAUUUAAACUUGCAUUUGAAUAUAAAAAAAAUCUAUUUUUCUAGAACUUCAUAAGAUAACCACUUGAUUUUGUGAUUCCAAUUCUUUGUAAUUGUCUUCAGAGCAGCCCUACUAGCACAUACCGCGUGGUGUUUGUAUUUCUGUGAACACACAAGCCAGUCCGUUUCUAGGCUUUGUUUCUCUGUGUGCUUAGUUUUAAAGACAACUUUGAAGUAAACAAUGAAAUAAAAGAUGUCACUAAAACCUUUGAGGCUCCUGAGCACAUUUUGCUGAUCUAGUUUGUGGGGCUGAAGGACACUGCAUGUGUUCUUUUUGUUUUUCUGAGUUCUCAACUGCAGAAAACACCUGAAUCCCUUUUCCUUUUUGACAGCAGGCUGCAGUUUGGGCCCUAGCCAGUCCUUUUCUUUUUCAUUUGUGGUUAUUCCCUGUAGCAACCCUGCAGGGAGCCUUCUUUUGACCCCUUCCCCUCAGUCCCACUGCAAUUGUUCCUACAGUCUCCACAGCAAAAUGUGAUGUUUUGAUUUUUUGUUUUGUUUCUAUAUUGCUUUUGUUUUUGUUUUGAAUUUUUCCUUUCCUACUAAGAUUAUGCCCAGAAAAAAAAAGUUUUGCGUGUUUCCUGCUGUUUCCUCACACCUUCGUAUAUAUCACCUUCAUCUCUCUUGUUUUCUAUAGUUUGUGCAAAAACUGACUGAUUUAAUAGGGUUUCAAGGAAGCUGUUUUAAAUUGUGGGGUUAUUUUUUUUCAAGAUUGUAUUUUGUUUUGAAGCGGCAACUUCCUCCUCUCGUGCCCUUAGAUCAUUUGCCUGUGCACUUAGACUGUCACCUCAUGUGGCCUCCAGGCCUCAGCAGGUCCUCCAGCGAGGCUGGCUGCUCUGUGCAGAGACGGUUGGGAAGGCCUGGAGAGGCAUGAAGAGCAGAGAUAGAACCCAGAAGGUGGCUGCAGGUGGGCAAGAGGCCUAGCGCAUCAAGGGUAGUGAGCAUCCCUCGGCUCAGAGGAAGCAGAGUGCUCUUAAUCAUUCAGAGGCCAUCUGUGCACUAAGCCGCAAUAUACCUGCCAGCGCUUUUCCUACGUGACAAGCACAAUACUACAGUCUUCACACUGUUUACAGCCCUGGGCACCAGCCACCCCACACUGGCUCUUCACUGCACCUCUGCUCCUGCUUAGAUAGUGGGUGGGGUUAGGGCUGGGAUUUGUUUGUUUGUUUGUUUUUUUAAUCGGGUGAAGAGCCAAAUAGCUACUGUCCUUGGGUGCCAGACAAGCCAGUUCUUUGGUUCCCUUAGGGCACUCUUUGGUUCUUGUGGCACCCCAUCCAGCCUCAGGGUCUUAGGGACUAGAGUAAGAAUGUGAAUGGCAAAGGGAGAGGCCAGAGGAGAUCAGAGGUCGCAGGAUGGAUCUGUGGAGGUAAGAGGUUGCAGAAGGAAUUUGUGUAAAUCCCACCCAGACCUAAGCUGCUGGUGGGUGGGAGAGCUGGGGAGUAGGAUUGUCCAGGGAAGGAUAGAGAGGGAUAGCUAAGGGACUGGGGGGAGGGGGGUGGGGAAGGUAGAAGCACUGUUGGUUGGCAUCAUCCAUGCUGGGGUUGAUGAAGGAAGGGAUCCCAGCAGAAUUUCUGCUCUGGGACCCAGUAGGUUGUGUAGUAUUACACUCGAGGCCACUCUUCUAGGAGGAAAGGGUGGCCAAAGGGAGCCAGUGUAUGGUAGGCUGCUUCAUUUCCUGGAAGGGGUGAUUGGAUGGAAAGAGGCCAGGAACCCCAGCCUGAGUGAGACUGCCGUGCACCCCACAGUCUGACUGCACAGAGCCGCCUCUAUUAGCAGAGGUGCUGAGGCUCUCCUUCCUGUGUGUUCAGAAUCCAUGUUUGCCAAUACAGUUUGCUUUCAAUUCCAAGAGGAGCUCUGGGAAAACCUGUGGAUAAAACCAAAUGCCAAACGUUGGAUAUUGUUUCCUUUUCCUUUUUCUCUCUCUCUGAUGUUUUAAUUGUUCUGUGGUGAUUUUAAUGGAUUUGAGACCCUGGAGCGGCAGCUGCCUUUCUGAUUUCCAGCUGCUUUUUGUGAAUAAUUUAAAAAGAAAAAAAAAAGAAACUUUACAUUUUGGAGACAAACCUGUGUGAGUUUUUUAUUGGUACAAACGUAUUUAACACUAGGGGUUUUGUACAGUUUUUUGCCUUUUCUACUAGAAAACAAUGUAAAGUGAUUUCACAAUGUGAAGAGAAAAAAAAUCGCCACUAUGACCAAACGCACAGUCUGUUCUGCAGCAACAAUGGGAUUCAAUCAACUCAAAGUCGUGAUUCAGCCGUAGAAAUGCUUUCCCUUUACCUUGUUUGAGCUUCUCCUUUCUUUCCUGUUUUGAUUUGCAAAAGAAAAUGUCUUUUUUGUGUGAACUUGUGUUGUACUACGUAGAAAAUUAUGGAUUUUACUUUAAUGGUUAAAAAAAAAAAGGCAAGAAGAGCCCUUGUCGCUUUUCUGACCUGAUCACAGAGUUUGUGUAGUGGAUUAAAAAAGGAAAAAAAAUUGUUACAAGUUUGGAGGAGGGAGUAUGUGUUUAAAAGGAAAUCUUCCUUCUUUUGUGUGUUUUUCCUUUUAUUCCAAUGGGAAACCUUAAUCUAUUUUAAUUGCACAGACACACAGACAAAAAGUCAUUUUGUAUCUGCCAAGUGUGGUACCUUCCUUUGUUUAUUUGCUAUUAAACUGUUUGAGAAAAACUGA